AUGUCAAUCCCAUCCCUUCCUUCGGAGCAUCCUAACCAGCUUCUACGGAACCUUGGCGCCCAGUACGACCCCGAUCUUCCUAUCAGCUUGGCUUUUCGUCUUGCCGGCGCCCAACGUGGCUGGAAGCCCGGCUCAAAGACUUGGAAGCGCAACUGGAAUUCCUGUAUGGAUAGCGAAUACGACCGAUUGAUUGGCUGCCGAGCCCUGGCCCGUGUGCACGUGAACCUCGUCGACGUUCUGGAUGCAUGGAACUCGGAUGUUACCCCUACUCAAUUCAAGAGUAAGGAGGCCCUUGCCAAAUACACAAAGGAAAGCCAGAAGUUCUUUGGUCGACAACUCGCCAAGCAGGAUAAGGCUCUGCGGGUCUUGCUGCGCAAGCUCCUGUAA